ACACAGGAAAAGAAAACCCGACAUUACCAUUUUAUCAGGCAGUCGCUCUAGUCCCGAAUUGGCAAUAAAAUGUAAUAUCCAAACGGUGUUGACAAGAACUCACCGUAGCUUCUCAAAUCAGAAAUGAGUUCUGCGUUUCCAAACCAUGUCACGCUGUGACCGGACUAAAUGGCGAUGUGAGCGUUUUACUUGGAAAGGUUCCACAGCUGUAUCCGCCCUGGGGAGGGAAGGGUUAACUGGGCACGGACCCUUUGGAAAGAACUGAAGCCACCCGGGCGUCCAAUGCACCUUUGAAUAAAAUGCCUCGCCUUCUUUGACACUCGUUGAAGCCUUUUACUCGGACUGUCUUUGGUACCGGAGUAACCUGCUCUUCCGAUCCCGCGUCUUAAUCUCCUGCAAACGCGAAGAUGUACUGCAAGCCAAAAGCAGCAAAGGUCAGAAAGACGGAUCGAUGUCCGUGAUCAAGUAGACAGACAGCCCGUCCGAACAAAAACACCUUUUUGCAUGAACGCCGGCUGGGAUUGGUCGUCAACUCGGUCUCCUCCCGAGGACUCAGGAUGAGGAAAUCGAAAAUCAUUCGAAUGCUUUUUGCUUUGAGUCUAGGAUGCUUCUUGAUGGUCAUUUUCUAUUUCAACAGCAAUCUAAAACCAGCCUCAGCCUCGGAGCAACUUGGGGAAAGAAGCGAUGGGCAGAAGCCCAGGAGGAGUCCCCUGCAGACACUUUAUGGCGGUGACCAGGCCGAGUCAGCAGUACAGGCCAUCCAUCAAGGCCGACGGGAGUUUUUAGAGGAAGCCUGCCGCUCCUACACCCGAAAGCGUCGCGUCCUUAUCCCGGAAGACCUUAAGCACGUCAUCGUGGAUGACCAGCACGGUUUGCUGUACUGCUACGUACCCAAAGUGGCCUGCACCAACUGGAAGCGAGUACUCAUGGUCCUGACCGGCGCGGCCGGAUCCCGCCGAGACCCGCUGGAGAUACCGGCGAACGAGGCCCACGUCCCGGGAAACCUGCGCACCUUGUCCGAGUACUCGGCUUCCCAGAUCAACCAGCGCUUGCGCUCCUACUUGAAGUUUGUGUUCGUACGCGAGCCGUUCGAGCGGCUGGUGUCCGCUUACCGCAACAAAUUCACGCGGAGCUACAACACGGCUUUCCACAAACGAUACGGCACCAAGAUCGUACGCCGGCACAGGGCCAACCCGCAGCCGGACGCUCUGGAGAACGGCCACGACGUCUCCUUCGAUGAGUUUGUGUAUUACCUGGUGGACCCGGCCACCCAGAUGGAGGAACCCUUCAACGAGCACUGGGAGCGGGUGCACUCGCUGUGCCACCCCUGCCUCAUCCACUACGACGUGGUGGGCAAAUACGAGACGCUGGAGCAGGACUCCAGCUACGUGCUACGGCUGGCCGGCGUGGAGGAUCGGGUUCGAUUUCCUGCCUCGUCCAAGAGCGCCAGGACUACGGGAGAGGUGGCGGCGCAGCUUUUCCUCAACAUCAGCCCCUUCUAUCAGAAGAAGCUGUAUAACCUCUUCCGCAUGGACUUCCUCUUAUUUAACUACUCCGUGCCGGCGUACCUCAAGUUGUGACGAGC